AUUUUUCUUACAGUUUGCGCUGUCAUAUUCGCAGAGAAAUGGGACGGGGGUCUACUGAGCUGUCGCCGGUCAUUUUUGUCUCGUUGCUUUUCUGCAUUAGUAAAUAUGCUUCUGCGGCGCGCUUGGAACUAACACUGCUUCACACCAACGAUGCUCAUGCACGAAUUGAGGAGACCAGCGCACGAUCUGGCGCGUGUACAAAAGGUUCUUGCUUCGCUGGAGUGGCCAGGAGAUUCACCAAAAUCAAGGACAUCAGGAGCCGAGAGCGGAAUGUGUUGCUAUUGGAUGCGGGCGACCAAUUUCAGGGCACUGUUUGGUUCAAUUAUUACAAGGGUGCUGAAGCGGCUUAUUUUAUGAAUAAGCUGGGAUAUGACGCAAUGGCAUUGGGAAACCAUGAGUUUGAUAAUGGUGUGGAUGGUCUGCUCAAGCCUUUUCUACAGGAGGUGAAUUGCAGCAUUCUCAGUGCUAACAUUAGGCCACAGCAGACCCUGGCUCCAAAGUUAGCCGGCUACUACGAGCCCUAUAAGAUAUUUGAUGUAAACUCUGAAAAGGUGGCAGUGGUAGGGUAUACUACAAGGGAAACACCAUCUUUGUCAAUGCCAGGCCCAUACUUGAUGUUUGAGGAUGAGAUUACCGCUCUGCAAAUCCAGGUAGACAAGCUUGUCACCAUGGGUAUUAAUAAGAUCAUUGCCCUUGGCCACUCUGGCUUUGCUACCGACCAAGAAAUUGCCAAGAAAGUAAAGGGAGUAGAUGUGGUGAUUGGAGGACACACCAACACAUUUCUAUACACUGGGACACCCCCAUCGCAAGAGGUUCCUGCAGGCCCAUACCCCUUUAUGGUGCAGUCAGAACAUGGCUAUGAUGUUCCGGUUGUCCAGGCCUAUGCCUUUGGGAAGUACCUGGGCUCCUUAAAGGUGACCUUUGAUGAGGCAGGUCGUGUAGUGGCAUCAACAGGGAACCCAAUCCUGCUUGAUAGCACUGUACCAGAAGAUCCAGAUGUCCGUGCAGAUGUGGAAGAAUGGAAGAAGAGCCUGGCAAAUUACUCGUCUCAGUAUGUGGGAAACACUCUGGUGUAUCUGAAUGGCACUUUUGAAGAGUGCCGUUUCAGAGAGUGUAACCUGGGAAACCUAAUAUGUGAUGCAAUGAUUCACCAUAAUCUCAAGUACGCAGAUGAGGUUCAGUGGAACCACGUCAGCGCCUGCAUCCUGAACAGCGGGUCUAUACGUGCUCCUCUCGAUGAGCGCAGCCGAAACGGUUCCAUCACGAUGGCGGACCUUAUCUCCGUCUUACCGUUUGGGGGCACUUACGAUCUAGUGCAGCUGAAGGGAUCGACCCUGAGAAACGCCUUUGAGCAUUCUGUAAAGAGACAUGGCAGUGGCACUGGCGAGUUCCUUCAGGUGUCCGGGAUCCGUGUUGAACUGGACCUGUCAAAGCCCCCAGGCGAACGUGUGGCAAGUUUGAGUCUCCUCUGUACCCAGUGUCGAGUGCCCCGCUACGAACCCCUGGAUGCUGACAAGACUUAUAAACUGGUCCUGCCAUCCUACCUGGCUGAUGGAGGUGAUGGGUACUCCAUGAUCUCGGAUGAGAAGCUCAAACAUGACAGUGGUGACCUGGACAUUGCUGUUGUUGGCGACUACAUCUCGGACAUGAAGCGGGUCUAUGCAGCUGUGGAGGGUCGGAUCAUAUUCACCAAAUCAGGAUCAGUGAGUGCUAGUCAUGUGACCAGGCCGCUCAUGCUCCUGCUACUCCUGGGCCUGGUCUGCACCCUGUUAAAUAUCUAGUUUUUAGACUAUCACCUUCAAAAGAGUGGACAUAGGCCCUUUUCCAACAAAAGCAGAGAGCAACUAUCCACAACAGGGACUAAAAGGGUUCCUGGAGCACUUUUGUGUUUGCUUUGCCACCUCACAUUAAGAACCAUGAAGAUUAUGCAAAUUAGGAGAGUCUCUGGCCAUGAACUGCAUCUAUUGGUUCAGAUCCAUUUACUGGUCCGUCUAUUUGAGUCACUCCGGUUGUUAUGGUCUUUCAUUUCUUUGUAACCCUGCUUCAGUUUUAUUUAUUUUUGUCCCAGUAGCAUGAUGCAUUAUCGAUGCCCAGUUCAUCCAUUUGACAAAUCAGCAAUGUUCAGUACUGCAAGACCCACCCCAAUAGUUCACAGACCUUAGAAAAGCAGUACCAUGGGAGCAGGAACUAAAAAAGGGGAUAGGGCACAUGCCCUGUGUUCCUGAGUUCUGAAUAAGGUUCCUGAGGUGGAACAGGGGCUAAUAUAAUUUGUUAUGGCAAACUUGCUCAGUCCACACAAUAUUACAAUUACAGAAUGCAUGGAUCAAGGAUCAUGGUUUCCUUUUUAUUUUAAGGAUGAAUACCACUCAUCAAUUAAAAGUCUCAAAUGUUUAUGUCAAUAAUUGCUUUUGAGCUCUGCCAGUUUGAAAAUUAACAUUUUUAGAGGCAUUUAGCAUGGUAUGACUGGCCUUGUCACACUUGAAUUUGGAGAUUCACUGCUGGUUGGACAAUUAUUGCCUACAGCCUACACCUCUGUUGUUAAAAGCAGAAGAAAUUUUAUUUUUUUUGUACAGGUAUUCAAUAGCUAAGCUGAUUUAUCUCCCAACAUAUUCAUGUUUAGUCUCAUUAGAAAGACACUAAAACCAUGAAUCUGGUGCUUAGCCCUGCUUCCAACAUGAGGCUUCUUUAAUAAGCAUGGUUUUGAGCUUUUAGACAAGCCAGUGCUUGUCUGACCUCCCCUUCUACCCCUUAUCUUGGCCUCACCCAAACAGACCAGGCAUUCACCCCUAACCAUUCAUGUAGUAUACAUAUUCCAGGAGAAGAGGGGGCACCCUUCCCUCUUUAAACUACAUAAAAUGUGGGCCUGUCUUUUGGGAGUUGGCAUCUGGAGUCUUGUGUCUGGAUCGGAUGUUUGGUUUUGGGGUGUCAUCCCUGGGUUUUUGGAAUAUCUUUUUUCUUUAACAUCGGUCUUGGUUUUCUUGGGAGUACCCUGGCAGGAACAAGCUGUGGUUUGGAGUCUUCUUUCAUUCACAUCUUUUGCGACUGCACUCAUCUGUUUGUAACAUACAUUGUUUGUAGUUGAACAUUUGUCUUGAGAUUAUAUGUUGAAUACUUUCUGUAAUUUAAUAAAUCUCUCAAUUUUAA